ACUCUUCUCAGUGUCAGUAUUCUCAGUUCUCACAUGCAAUGCAUUAGACUUGCUGUGUACUGCGUCGAUCAUUCUAGUUAUUAUUUAUUUCUGACGUUUUUAUUUUGUAUUUUAUUUCUGUAUCACUUUAUUCUUUCUUAGAAAACGGGAAAAUCAUGAAUAUAUCUUUUAUUUAGAUUUUAAUUUUCCUGUUUCAUUAUUCAACUAAAAAUUUUCGAUUAAAAUGGACUUCUCGCGGCAAAAAGAUGAAAUCGAAGUUAUUGAAAGUAUAUUUGACGCCGAAGAACUGAGUACAUUCGUUGUGCAAUCUCAACACUAUUUGAAAUUCAAUGCUUUCCAAACAGCUCCUCAACCAGUUACUCUAUCGUUUAAAAAACUGGAAAGCAACAAUGCGUGUGGAAGUACUGAAGUUGAAAGAAGUCUAUCUGUUUCUUAUCUUCCUCCAAUUGAACUAGAUCUUGAGUUGCCAAAAGAUUAUCCUUCCAAGUCACCGCCUUGCUACAGUAUUUCUUGUAUGUGGCUGUCAUCUGAGGAUUUGCAGUCAAUCUGUGAACAGUUGGAUCAGAUGUGGAGUAACAACACCGAAGUUCUGUUCCAAUGGGCUCAGUUCUUGAAAGAUGACGCAUUGAAUUUACUGACAAACAACUUUCAAUAUGCUGUCAAGCCGCAGCCAGAAAAGGUGGAAGAUUUGCAAAACGAUCAAAAACAAUCUUCUCCUGUAACUGAAAAUAGCAAGUUGGAAGUCAACAAUAAUAGAAAAUCUGAUCCUAGAACCUUCAAAAGAAACUCUUUAGUAUUCUAUAACAAGAAAUUUGAUGGGCAAAUUUGCAACCUAGAUGGAGAUGUGCAGGGACCAGAAAACAGUCGCCGAUGGUACAGAAAGUCGCCGAGAUGGACGCGACGGCCCAAGAGGGAUGCAAGUGUCGCAUCCACCUCGGCAAAUGUCGUCAGUGUUCCGUCCAACCAAACAAGGCUGUGCAAUCAGCAAGCUAUGCAAGCUCACCAAUCCAAUGGCUCAGUCAAGCAAGCUCAAUCAAGACUUGAUGAAUCUAAGAUUAAGAAGUGCUCUGAAAACUACAACGAAAAGUACCUGAUAAAACAUUUAGAAAGUUAUAAUGUUGAGAGAGAAUUGUCUGAGUUUAGAAAAACAUAUUUCACGUGCUACAUUUGUUUCGAGGAUAAAUUUGGUCUAAGCUGUGUCAGGUUUCAACCUUGCCGCCAUGUAUACUGUCGGGAUUGCAUCCGAUCCUAUCUGCAGACACGGAUUGCCGAAGGAUCAGUGCAGAUGAUCAAGUGUCCCAACACCGACUGUGAUAGUAUCAUACUACCCGUGCAGGUUCGUGAAAUAGUUGGCAAGGAAGAGUUUUCCAAGUACGACCAGCUGUUGCUGACUGCGAUGCUGGAUACGCAGAGCGACAUGGUGCGCUGUCCGCGAAUCGCCUGCCAGUACCCGGUCACCAAGGAGCCCGACGAGAAGAUGGCGCUGUGUCCCGGCUGCAGCUACGCCUUCUGUGUUCAAUGCAAGAUGGGCUACCAUGGUGUCGAGCCUUGUCGAUUCAAGCAUCAUGAGAAGGAAGCCUUAUUGAAGGAGUAUCUGAAUGGUGAUGAAGAGGUCAGACGGAAAAUGGAACAGAAAUAUGGGAAAACAAGACUUGGUAACUUGGUCCAAACAUCGUUGUCUGAAAAAUGGAUUGACAACAAUAGUAAAAACUGUCCUAACUGUAAUGCGUCGAUUGAGAAAUCGGAAGGAUGCAACAAAAUGCUGUGCUGGCGCUGCAGUACCUAUUUCUGUUGGAAUUGCCUUACUCGGUUGGAUGUGAAAGCACCAUAUGCUCACUAUUACGACAGAAAUUCUCCCUGCUACAACAGGCUGUUCGAAGGUGCUCCUAAUGAAGACGACGAUGAAGUUUUUGUAGUUCUUGAUGGUUUCGACGACGAAGAAGAAGAUGAUGAAGACUUUUUUGAUGAUUAUGAUGAUAUUCUUGAAGAUUAAUUUAAUCCUUUAAUCCAAAUCAACCACAAAUAAAUUAUUCAAUUCGCUGUCAUAAUAAUGGCCUUAGCAUAGUUUGUUUUAUAGUUAUCGUAAUUUGUUUUUACUAUUCCUCAUUUUAUCUGAAAUGGCUAGUUGUGUCAUAAACAAGAAGUUUUUGUUAUUCAACUCAUUUUUGAAGCUGAUAAGUAUUCAACAGUAUUUUUUAUUUGAAGCCAAUAAAUAUUCAGCUGUAUUGCUAUCUUGAAAUUCGAGAGAGAAUUACUAACGUUUAUUUAUCUUUUAUCCAUUAAUUGUUCCAUUUUUUACAUCGUUAUUUUACCACUUUCAAAAUACACGUGUUUUAGAAUUCACAUUAUGUUCAGUAAAAUGUAUUUCAUUCCUAAAAUUAUUUGUUGAAAUUAAAUACUUGUUUUCGAAGACAA